AUGCUAUUUUGGCACAACCAGCUGGAGCACCUGUGGCCCGGUCCCGGGGAACUGUACCCCGGGCCUCCAAGCAGCUUGCUCAGGGAGUCCCUGCCUUUGCCCUACCUGAAGCAGGAGGAGCUGCCCAACAUCCCCAGCAUGGAGCCUCCCUGCCCCGCAUUCCAGUACGUGCUCUGCGCAGCCACCUCACCAGCCGUGAAGCAGCAGGAGGAGGCCCUCACCUACCUGAACCAGGGCCAGUCCUAUGAGGUACAGAUGCUCUGCAACUCCAAGCUGGGUGAUGCCACCCAGUGGCCCCGGCUCCUGAAGAUGAGGGAACAGGCUCAGGUCUUAAGGUCCUUCCUCAGUUGCACAGCGUGUGAGUGGCAGAGUGUGGUGCGUGUGGUGUUUCAUGACCGGCGCCUGCAGUACACGGAGCAGCAGCAGCUGGAUGGGUGGAGAUGGAGCCGGCCUGGGGACCGCAUCCUGGACAUCGAUGUGCCAUUGUCUGUGGGGGUGAUAGAACCCCAGGUGCUCCCCUCACAGCUUAACACAGUGGAGUUUCAUUGGGACCCGACCAAGAGGACCUCCCUCUUCCUCCAGGUUCACUGCAUCAGCACCGAGUUCACUCCUCGGAAAAAAGGCGGAGAGAAAGGCGUUCCCUUCCGCCUCCAGAUUGACACGUUCAAGCCCAGUGACAAGGAGCUUCCACCCGAACACCUGCAUUCAGCUGGCUGCCUCAUCAAGGUAUUCAAGCCCAAAGGAGCUGACCGGAAACUGAAGACUGACCGGGAGAAGAUUGAGAAACAGCCCCUGCAUGAGCGAGACAAGUAUCAGACUGCCUGCGAGAGCACGGUCUUUGUGGAGUGUUCACCGUGGCCAGAGCCCAGUGCAGAGCCUUACCCGCCUCUCAGCCCUCUGGCUCUGACCUCCCCCCACUCCUGCAAGCUCCUGUCCCCAGAGAGGCUCUGCUGCUCACCACCAUUCAUCUUAGACACCUUGGGGGGCAACCCAGCUGAAGAUCUGAACCCUGGAGCCUCCAUCCUAGAGACGCAGCAGUGGUUGCAUCGGCACCGGUUCUCCAGCUACUGCAGGAUACUAGCCAAUUUCACUGGCACUGAUCUGCUGAAGCUCACCCGGCAAGACCUUAUCCAGAUCUGCGGGGCUGCCGACGGGAUCCGCCUUUUCAAUACUCUUAAAGCCAGACCCAUCCGUCACCGGCUGACUUUAUAUGUGGCUCAGGAGGCCUCUCGGCAAGAGAACGAGGUUCCUAAGACCCCUGAAUCAGGCUUUUACCAGGAGAUUUCUCUGGAUGAACUCAGUGCUGUUGAGCUGAUGGGGAAACUGGCAGAGCUCGUGGCCCUCCCAGUCAAUCAGAUCCACCGCCUCUUCCACCAGGGCCCUGGGGGCAUCCUCAUUCUCCUCAGCGACCAGGUGGUUCAGAAUUUUAAGGACGAAUCAUACUUUGUGGCUGUGGUGAAGAAAGGUAGGGGUUUUAGAGGGAGAUGUCAGCUUGUGCCAAAGGGGCAGAGAUUCAUAUAGCUAAAAGAUAGCUAUUUAUUGCUCAGGAAAAAUGUGACUAAAUAAAUGCAUUCUCAUGAGGGGGAAAAAUUCCAGUUUCUCUGUUAGGGAGUUUAUUACAAAGGAAGGUAAGGCCCCUCCCUCUUCUGCCCUACCCAACCUGCAACAAUCAUAUGCAGCAGGAGGGCAGGUGCUUGCUGACUAGUCAGCUGGUAGUUCUGGUUAUUUUGAUGCCAGCCCUCUGUCCCUGCUGUGAUACUACAGUACACUGGGAGGCU